AUGGUCAACCAACGUCUCCAGUACCGACGAAGAAACCCAUACAACACACGCUCAAACAAGGUCCGAAUCGUCAAGACUCCAGGCGGUGAACUCAGAUAUCUACACACCAAGAAGAGCGGAACUGCUCCAAAAUGUGGUGAUUGUGGUGUAAAACUUCCAGGCAUCCCAGCCCUUAGACCACGAGAAUACGCCACAACAUCCAAGACCCAGAAAUCAGUUUCCCGAGCCUACGGCGGAUCGAGAUGUGCCAAUUGUGUACGGGACAGAAUUGUCCGGGCUUUCUUGAUUGAGGAGCAGAAGAUCGUCAAGAAGGUGCUGAAGGAGACGGCUGAGAAGAAGCAGGGCAAGAAAUAG